UAAUAAAAUGUUUGUUGUUGAAAAUAGCAAUUUCAGUUAGCUACGAGUGGUUCAUAAGUAUUUAGUAAUUUCUUAAGGAAGCACUUUUGUUUUUCCAUUCCUAUGAUAAAAACUUAAUUUCAAUCCAAUAUGGAUAAAAUACCGGAAAUUUUAAAUCUGGCUCAAGUUGUUGAGCCUUUUUUAAGAGGCCAGAAAUUGAUAUCGUUUACAAGUAAAUAUCUUACAAAACCCGGUGAAAACUACGGCAGUAUAAUGUUGGCAAUUUGCGCUAAACUUCAGAAUUCUGAUGGCUCAUACAAAAAAUUACCUCUGAUAGCAAAAUUACCUCCUUUAUCGAGUAAGGAACUUUGGAAUUUAUUUAAACCGGAAGUUACAUCUUUGAGAGAAAAUGCAAUUUAUUUGGAUUUAUCACCAAGUAUACGUCAACUUCAAAUCGAUUCUGGAAUAGCUGAAAAUGAAGUUAUUGAUCUAUAUGCCAAGUUCUAUGGUUGUCGAAUAUCAUUGGACCCAAUAGCUACAAAACUCGAUCGUAAUGCUGUUUUGGUGCUGGAGGAUCUCCGAUGCAGUGCUUAUAACCACUGGAAACAGGAAGAAUAUAUUUGAUUUGGAUCACAUAAGACUUGUGUUGGAAUAUCUUGCAAGUUAUCAUGCUUAUCCCAUAGCGCUAAGGAAUAAGCAACCGGAAGGUUUUGAAAAAGAU